AUGACUGAGGGGGCGCGGCCUGUAGCAGUGGAGGCAGAGGAGGCAGAGGAGGCAGAGGAGGAAGAGGAGGCAGAGGAGGCAGAGGAGGCAGAGGAGGCAGAGGAGGCAGUGGAGGCAGAGGAGGCAGAGGAGGAAGAGGAGGCAGAGGAGGCAGAGGAGGCAGAGGAGGCAGAGGAAGAAGAGGAAGCAGUAGAGGCAGAGGAGGAAGAGGAGGCAGAGGAGACAGAGGAGGCAGAGGAGGAAGAGGAGGCAGAGGAGGCAGAGGAGACAGAGGAGGCAGAGGAGGAAGAGGAGGCAGAGGAGGAAGAGGAGGCAGAGGAGGCAGAGGAGGCAGAAGAGACAGAGGAGGCAGAGGAGGCAGAGGAGGCAGAGGAAGAAGAGGAGGAAGAAGAGGCAGUGGAGGCAGAGGAGGCAGAGGAGACAGAGGAGACAGAGGAGGCAGUGGAGGCAGAGGAAGAAGAGGAAGCAGUAGAGGCAGAGGAGGAAGAGGAGGCAGAGGAGGAAGAGGAGGCAGAGGAGGAAGAGGAGGCAGAGGCGGCGGAGGAGACAGAGGAGGCAGAGGAGACAGAGAGCUGA